AUGGAUGGAUAUAACUUUCGGUUGUGGGUCAAUCAAUUCUUAUUUCCUGCAUUUGAAGCAAAAUAUGAUCGUGACAAGAGAAUGAUAUUUGUACUUGAUAAUGCUGCUUAUCAUAAAGAGAAAGGUGAUGAUUAUGUCAAUGUACAGCUUUUGUCCAAAACUGAUAUGAUUAAUCUUCUUUUAUCGAAAAAAGUAUGCAGUAUACCGGUGAUUCGAAAUGGUCAUACAAUAGAAUUUAAAGCUAAUGAAUGGAAAUUGAAUGGUCCUUUAGGUCCUUAUAAAGAAGAACUGAGAAUAUACGUACAAAGUUGGAUCAAACAAUAUCCCGAACUUCAAAAAAUCUUAUUAGAAAGAUUAUUCGAAGAAAAAUAUUUGACUGUGAAGGUCAAUAUGCCACACUUUCAUUAUCUUAUUUUCACUCCACCAUAUUGUCCAGAAGUCCAGCCGAUCGAAUUGGUAUGGGCCUAUGUUAAAGGUUAUGUGGCUAAAACGUUUACACCUUCCAGAACCCUUCACCAAUUAGCUGAUCAAACAAAAGCAGGUUUCGUUAGUGACGGAGAGAAACAUGAAGGAAUAUCUGCUGAAAUGAAUGCAGAUAAAUAUGAGGAAGCAGACAAACAAGAAGAAGAUGAAGAUGUUGAUGACAUCAGCAUGGAUGUGUUGGAUGGUACUGAUUAA